AUAUCAUAGGAGAAAACCCGGAAAAGCCAUAUGAGAAGACACUGACAACACAUCGCUGUUAUCUCCUCUCAAAACUAUUUUUAAGAGAUACUAACGAACGUACAUAAUAUCUGGUGUAAUAUUAUAUUUGACUCUGGAACAGGCAGGUUUUGAAUGAUAAUGGUGUCAACAAUACUUUUGUAAGCUUAUUAUAACACUGCAAACAAACUGUUAGCUAGCAUCUGAGCAUAUCUACACUGCAUGCUCCUGAGCAGCUACCAAGAAGAUGCCUGCUCGUAACGCUGUGAACAGCUUUCCUGACAGCAAAGUAAAGUACUCCAGGCUUGCUUCUGACGAUGACGGCUACAUUGAUUUACAGUUCAAAAAGAGCCCACCCAAAGUCCCGUACAAAGCCAUUGCACUUGCCACAGUCCUGUUCUUAAUCGGCUCUCUGUUAAUCAUCAUCGGCUCCCUUCUCCUGGCGGGAUAUUUUGGAGUCACUCACUCAGACCGAACUGUGCCUGUCCUUAUCAUUGGGAUACUUGUCUUCCUGCCUGGAAUUUACCACCUACGAAUAGCUUACUAUGCAUCAAAGGGCUACCGGGGCUACUCCUAUGAUGAUAUCCCAGACUUUGAUGACUGAUAAACUCCACAGUUUCAUCCACAGUCUUCCUGUACUCGCAUAUACUCCUAAUAUUCUGCUUGUGCUACUUUAAAUGCACUGAUUAUUGAAGGAAAAUAUGCUUGAAUAGAUUCUGUAAAUGACUUGCAUCUAAAUCUGAAUGAUGUUGAUGUUAUUGUAGAGGAUUCCAGCCUGCUGCUUGAAGUUAAAACAGAAUCUGAUAUUGUUUGUAUAUUUGUUUUGCUAGCUUGAUAAAUUAAUAAAACUGUGAUUUGAUGUUUUAGUUUUAUUAGUAUAAUGUAUUUUUUAUAAUUAAGAACAUUAUCCAGACUAAAGCUUUACACUGAGUUGUUAUACAAUACAACAUUAUUUAGCUUGAGGUACAGUAUUUAGUACCAAAUUGGCUACUUAUGUACCAAAAAAGGACGUUUUUUUUUAGUAUAGUCAGCUAUUUUCAUGCCAAAUAAAAUAGAAAUUGUAUACAGUUGGUUCUUUUUUUGUGGUGAUCUGUUUGAUAAUAGAGAAACUCAUUAAAACAUUUGCAAUG